UUGAUGUCCAAUGGGUAUCUGCAACGCCCCCGCGACCUUUCAGCGGACCAUGAACAUGGCUUUUCAAAAUUUCGUGAGAAAGACUCGUUUGGCACAGAGCAUCAUCAAUUACUUCGUGAUUGUGUACAUGUAUGAUAUCUUGGUGUAUUCGAGUUCCUACGAGGGACAUGUGCAGCACAUCGAAUGGGCACUGCACGCGUUACGAGAUGCGGGCUUCAAGGUGACGCUUGAGAAGUGUCAGUUUUUUCUCACCACCAUUUCCUUCCUAGGGCACGUGGUGACAGACAAGAGACUCCAGCCGGAGCUACAGAAGGUGGCAGUUAUCAGGGAUGCGCCGGUGCCUACAACUAUCACGCAAGUUCGUGCCUUUCUGGGUCUGGCCUCGUACUACCGAAGAUUUAUCAAGGGCUUCGCAGSGAUUGCGGGACCCCUCACGAAUCUGCUGCGCAAAGAUCGGCCGUUGAUCUGGACACCAGAAUGCGAUCAAGUGUUUUCCAAACUCAAGGCCGCUCUCAUUUCGUCUCCGGUCCUUAUAAGACCGGUUCCCGAAAAGCCUUUUGUUCUCAUCACUGACUGGCAGCCAGAGGCAAUUUCGGCGAUCCUAGCCCAGGUGGGACCAAGCGGACUCGAGAGUGUGGUGGAGUAUGCGUCCAACAAGCGCAACUAUGCCGCUCCAACGGGGGAGUGCUACGCGACUCUCUGGGGAAUCAGCCACUUUCGCGCUGAUUACUCUGGCAUGAUCGGGCGAUGGGUAACGGUGCUGCAGAGCAUGGACUUUGACAUUCGUCAUCGAAAGCACGAGAGGCACGGGAAUGCGGACGGACUAACACGACUGCACCCGCUUGAGAAAGUUCCGAAGAGUGAGGAGGUGAUUUCGUGGAACGAACCUGAACAGGAGAUUGGACCUCGGUACGGCCAAGUGGAGAUCUUAUCGAAGCAUUCAUCGGCGGGCGGGUCCGAGAAGGAGCCACGUCACCACGGUUGCGGCGUUCAGCGGCGACAUCAGCUCGAUCAAUCCACUGUGGCAUACUGCGAUCUUGACCUCGCUGCGCGAGUGGAUGGAGCAAGUGUCCAACGUGUGGCAGCACGUCGCCCGACAGGGCCGGGGCGCCGCCAGCUGAUUGCGCAGGAGCUCAUCGCACCGAUCGUGCAAUUGGCGGACGAUCUCUCGCCCGACAUCUAUUCACAGAGUGACGUUAGUCCUGCUCCGUACAUUUUCGAGCAAUCAUUGGAUCUGUACCUUCAGUGGACUGCGUGCUUGGAGGAACCCAGGGACGAGGAUACGCUACCAUCGCGGCAGGAGUAUCUCAAGCCGUACAAUAUCAUCCCUCACGCCUUUUAUCCAAGGGCGGAGGAAGUGGUGAUCGACGACGACGAAGAAGACGAGGACGAGGAAACAUCGGAGGAGGGAAGCUAUAACGAGUAUAGCGAGGGCGAGACGAGUGAAGAACAAGAAGAGGAAGGAGAAGAAGGAAGCGAGUCGGAGUGGGAAGCUUUGCCGGAGGAAGCGGCGCACAAGGGAACAGAGGCGGAAGAUCCGGAGGCGACGCGAAGGCGCGAAGAAAUUUCCACCGGAAAGCGACAGCUGGAGUUCGCCAGCGGAGCCAGCCUGCGCAUCGGCAACGACCCGACCAGGGACCCGGAGCCGCCAAAGGCCGAAGAUGGCGACCCUGCAGCCGCCACCUCAAGUACCGCGCGACAGAGACGGAACCGAUCCUCGUCCUCCUCCAGCCCCACCCGUCCCCCAGUUCGCCCACGUCCCAAUGCGGGCGGUAGGCCUUCGUCCUCGGACGCUGUCCCGCUGACCCCUUGAUUUCCUCACCCUCGAGCAGAUCCGUAC